CAACGCCAUUACUUGCAGCAGAGACCGAGAGCGAGCUACGAAGGAGGGGACUAACAACCGAUCAGACUCGACCAAUGCGUAAUCAUCCGCGCAAUGUCUGUGACAAAAGCCCUUCUUCUCGUGGCGCAACUACCGGCCCUAGCCUCGUCGGCCUCCAUAAAUCCCUAUCAUAUCGACUACGGGUACUGGAACGCCAACGUGAGCGUUAACAACGUGAGGAUGACAAACACCGAGUUCUAUUCGCGCGUAUGCAUCGUCUCCGCCGAGUACUGGGCCUACCCCGGAGUGAUCAACCAGUGGGGCACACUUCACUCUAACGUAAUUUCGACAAUCGGGUUUGGGCAGCCUGCAUCGUUUGACGAUACGUCAUUCGGGGCGAACGAUGUUGACGGGCAAGGCGAUCAGCCUCUGAUAAUGUGGCAAACCGUUACUCUGAACGGCGUGGAGUAUGACAUUGAAGGAGAGGCGAUGGUGGCAAUGAGCUGUGGUGAAGCUCCCGAACGGCUGUGUACGGGUUCCGCGCGUGUCGACGCGGCGCUUCGUGUACCGAAUGGCCCAGCUGCGCCACAUAUUCCUGCUACAAUAAUUAGCCUUGGGUUUUCCCAGGAAACAAACACCGCUACACCUGCUUGACAUGUAAUGGUAGUAAGUACUGGUGGUAUUGUUCAAGGUUUAACUUUACCUUAUGUUAUGAGGGAAGGAUACUCCAUUUGAUAUCAUUAUUUGUAGAGUAACACGACCGCGUUCAUUUUAUGAAGAGUUAUGAUACCACAACGAGGCAAAAAUGGGUUGACCCUAGUUUGCGAGGCCAAUGUUAGGCCGUAUGUAUUCGUCACCGUUGAA